AUGUUCUUGCAUGGCUUUGUCCCCGGACUCUAUAAGGAAUUGCGUCGACCGCCGCUUCUUCUCAUGAAAUGUCCACGCGCGAAUUUCGUCAUCGUCAUCGACCUUAGACGUGAGUUGAGAGCCUUUAUACCCCUGCAGCUACGCAGCAAUAGACGCAGAUCGAGCGUAGACCACGGGCACCAAUUCCGUGGCAAGAAAUAA